GCUCCGCAACGUAGUCUGAUUCCGCAGUCCCCGUGUUCACGUACAGACAUACGCACUUGCGCACCGCGUAUAUCGUAUGUCGUGUUGUCGUUGUGAUUUUAUAUUAUUACAUUUUUUGUGUUUUACGAAAUCGUUUUAAACGAUCACCGUUAAUAUUAUUUGUUCUGUUUUCUUUUCGAUAACUUGACGUGAGCGAUUAUUACGGGUUUACCGUAUAAUUUCACAUUGCCGUUGCCGCCGUCGAACUAUAAUUGCGCCCGCAGACGUAUGUGAAUAAUUUUAUUGUGCUACGUAUUAAUACACCUAUAUAAUUCAUACAACGUUCUCGAAUUUUUUCCUUUUCAUUUUUGAUUCGUAAGUUUAUUAUCGUAUUACCGUAUUAGUGGUCAUUGUGCGUGCUUGUUGAAACCGUUUUUAAUCCAUUCGCGAUAUUAUAAAUAAAUGUGUUGGGCUCGCGUCGGGUGCGGACUAUGAGCUGCACAGAGGUUAUGUAUCAGGCGUAUUAUCCGUAUCUGUACCAGAGAUCUUCGAGCACGGCUGCUCCACCGACCAGGGCGCCGCAUCAUCACUUUGCGCCGUUCACUCAUCAAUAUGAUCGGUUAAGAGCGUUGGAAACACACCAACAAGCAUCCACAUCUUCGCCAAUUGGUGGUGGAGAUUCGCCGGCUAACAGAUGGACAACAAUUGCAGAUCAUACAGACUCACACCACAGCAGCGUCGGAUCCGGAGCGUCCAGCGUGGGCCCUGUAGGUGGAAUCGCAAGUCCUGCAUCCUCGCCGGCUACAGCCAAUAGCGUUUCGGUAGUGCACAAGGAAGAGGACACAUCCAGAGACGAUGCUCGCACUGAAAUGGACGAGGACGAUGACAACGUGCAGGACGAUUCUAGAACGCGCGGGGACAGGCGUACCGCUGCACAUGCGCAAUACGUGUCGGUGAAUUGCGUAGUGUUCACCCACUAUACCGGAGACGUCGCCACCGUGGUAGACGAACACUUUUCCAGGGCGUUGAACAGUGAUCAAAAACUCAACAAUGCCCAUCAAACAUCGACCAAAGAUACUUCCCCAAUGACUUCCAGAAACUUCCCAGCGUCGUUUUGGAACAGUAAUUAUCACUCACAUCACUCCACUAGUCAAGUGUAUCAUCCCGACACAAUGUACCAUCAUCAUAGCACUGCUGGUAACCCUGCAGAUCCAUGGCAAACACAUUACCAACAAUAUACUGCUGCAGCUGCUCAUCACCAUCACAGGGCUGUGCACGAAUACCAUCACCACCAUAACAUGGCUGCUCAGUACAGCAGCUUAUUACUACCGCCACCAACUUCGAGACUGGCACCACCACCGCCGCCACCACCUCCUCCAUCUAGUCACCCACAUUCACACCAGUAUCACGGCAAAGCUGGCAUGGAACCAUGGCCUAACAGCGCCCAUCACCCAGCCUUGGAUACCGGCACGUCUUACUCAUCAUAUCCAACUGUUCCAGGUCUAGAAGCUCAAGUGCAAGAGACGUCCAAAGAUCUAUAUUGGUUUUAAAUGUUUUGAUGAGAAUUUUUGUUAAAUUUCGGUAAAAUUUCAUUUUUCCGUUGUUAAUGUUGAAAUAAGUGAUUUUUACGUAUAUAUAAAAUAGAAAUUGUUACACUUGACAGUCAACACCUCAGUGAAUGCGCAAUCUCUAUUCUAUUCUUUAAAUACUUAAAAUUAAUCUUCGAUCUGUCUCUUUACAGAAUAAUUUUACGUUAAAAUGAUAUUACAAUAAUGGUUAUUAUUAAUAUGAUACAAGAUCAUGACGAUAAAUGCAAAAUUAACAAUUUUUUUUUGAAAACGUGUAUAGUAUUAUAAUUAUAUAAACCGUGUUGUUUGACAUAGCGUAAAGCGUAAUUAGAAAAUUAUAUAAAAUAAUCAUAAGCUAUAGGUGUAUUAUGUUAUGCUGUAAAUUAUAAUAUGAUCACCCGGUUCUAAUUUGGUGGAGAUCCCAAAAUCUGAAUUAUUGACAGUUAUAUUUUCCAAUUAAAUUAUUUUAACUAUUUAUUUUAUUAUUAGAAACUGACUACAAGUUAUAAAAUAUUUAUUUAAAUUAUAAAAUCUGACUAAAUUAUCAACAACACGGAUAUCAGAAUUUUACAAAAUCUAUAAUUUUUUCAAGCACUAUGUAAUAAUAAAUAAUAAUAUAUUAUACAUAGGCACAUAGCAUAUGAGUGUCUCGCCGAUUUUGCGGUCUUCAUGGAAAACUUUACAAUAUUUCAAAUACUCGAUUUAUUCAAUUUUUAAUAUAUAUAUAUAUAUAUUUAUAUAUAUAUUAGAUUUGA